AUGAGCCACUUCAUAAUACUCCUCCUUUUCGACGGCAGUGCCUCUCAAAGGAGUCAUACACUGCACCGGAUUUUCAAGGUACACGUCUGGUUGCUCGAUCGCGCAUUGUUAUCUACGUUCUGUCUCAUCCCCAUCACUUUUCAUUCAAUCGUGUACCCUGCGAAGAGUCUCUACUCCGCGAGACGCACUCAACAGUGUGAUUACAACGGUAUGAGCCUUCGCAGCCACAGCGCAUGGUUCGCCAUGUCAGGGCUGUGGACCCGGCCGUUCCU